CUGGUGAGCGCGGUUCCCGCCAACCGGCUCUGCUUCGAAUGCGGCCAGCGCGGCGUCACCUACGUGGACAUCAGCGUGGGCAGCCUCGUGUGCACCGGCUGCUCGGGGGCGCUGCGGGGACUGAACCCCCCCCACCGCGUCAAGUCCAUCUCCAUGACGACGUUCAGCGAGGCCGAGGUGCUGUUCCUGCAGGCGCACGGCAAUGAGGCCUGCAGGAGGGUCUGGCUCGGCACCUUCGACCCCCGCACGUCGCCGCUGCCCGACUCCCGCGACCCCCAGAAGGUGAAGGAGUUCCUGCAGGAGAAAUACGAGAAGAAGCGAUGGUACGUGGCGCCAGAACGAGCCAAAGAACAGGUGAAACCCCCCCAAAGCGCCGCGGCAGAGCCCGGGCCCCCCCAGCUCCUCCACGGGGACGCGGGGACGCUGGCACAGCGCCCUGCCCAGCCGGCGCGGAAGGCCAGCACCGACCUGCUGGCCGACAUCGGGGGGGACCCCUUCGCCAGCCCUGCCCCCGCGCCCGCCUUCCCCGCCCCAGCCCCAGCCCGGUCUGCCUUCCCCAGUUUCGAUGCCUUCGGAGGCAGCGCUGCAGCAGCCGCGUUUGGGGGAGCCGUGCCCCCCUUCCACAUCCCCCCCACCACCACAGGGGGGGUGGCUGCACAGGGCGUGGCCACCCCUGUCCCGCCCACAGGGGGAGGAGCUUCUGUCAGCCUCUUCGGGACCCUCCGUGACCCCCCAGCGCUGCCCCACGGGGGCUACACCAACCCCUUCACGGCCCCCGUGGCCCCCAGACCCUCCACCAACCCCUUCGAGAGCAGCGGUGAGUGACCCCCGACCCCCAGGCUGGGGUC